AUGAAGACUUACCGCAGCAGCAAGGAAAAAUGGCGACCAGAAGAUUCCCAAUCACGAAGCUCCACAGGAAAUGAAGUGUUUUCUUUUGAUCUUUUAAAGGAUCCUGUGAUGAACAAGAGCCUGGCUUGUCUCAAGGAGUCUAUCAGUGACCUGAGCAACACCUACACUACAGCUCUGCUGGCCUAUGUGUUCACCCUGGCAGGAGACGUGGAGACCCGCGCUCACCUUCUGCAGCACUUAGACACAGUUGCAGUGAGGGAAGGAGGUUUCCUCUACUGGUCUCAGACAGCAGCAGAAAAAUCAGCCUCCCUGUCAGUGGAGAUCAGUUCUUAUGUGCUGUUGGCCAAACUCAGCGUCUCCCCAACUGCUGAGGAUCUGGCAUAUGCCUCUGGUAUUAUGAGGUGGCUGACUGGGCAGCAGAACUAUUACGGAGGCUUCUCCUCCACUCAGGACACAGUGGUGGCUCUUCAGGCUCUGGCUCUCUACUCCACUCUGGUGUUCAGUCCUGAAGGUUGGAGCACAGUGACAGUUCAGGCUCCCAGCAGUCAGCUGACAUUUGAUGUCAAUCAGGGCAACAAACUGCUCUACCAGGAGGAGGCGCUGCAGGACGUGUCAGGAAAAUACAGGCUGGAGGUGAAGGGCACUGCAUGUGCUUCAGUGCAGAUUUCUGUCCACUACAAUAUCCCGACACCUACUGAUGUCACCACUCUCAGUGUGAAAGUACAACUAGAGGUCAACACCACAAGUGAAUCUGCUAGACCUAAAUUCAGUCUGAAAAUACAAUCGCUGUACAGUGGAAAGGAGAAAACUACAAACAUGGUAAUCCUGGAUAUCAAAAUGCUCUCUGGAUUUUCCCCAGACCCCGAGUCUUUGAAGAGUCUCAAACGUGGCCUCCUGGUGAGUCAUGUUGAACAGAAGGAAGAUCAUGUUCUGGUGUACUUAGAGGAGUUAUCAAAGGACACGCCCAUCAACCACAGCUUAGACAUCAUCCAGGAGCUCACAGUGGACAACCUGAAGCCAGCCGUGGUCAAGAUCUAUGACUACUACCAUACAAGUGACCAGGCUGAGACCCAAUACAUGUUUGUCCCGUGAGCUGCAGUCUGAAGAAAGUGUGGUUGGUCCUGAGGUCAUCGCUCAAGUUAAAACCUGCAUUUUAAUAAAGAGACUUUCUCUGCUCAAA